AUGUUUCCUCCGUCCAUCUCCAUCAGUGAGACUUCUCUGUCGUCCUGUGCUCUGACGGGGUCUGCCAGUGCUCCCUCCACCCCCAUGUGCACGGACGCCCCCGAGUCUCUUUCUCUGCCCAAGGACCGACCACGCAAGAAGUCUGCCCCAGAAACACUGACCCUGCCUGACCCUGUCCCCUCUGGUGGCCCUCAAUCCUCCACCCUGGCUCCCAACUCUCUCUCCAACCACGUCCAGUCCUCCGUCAGUGAGCUGGCUGAACUGGCCGAGUAA